UCCUGUCUUCUCAGAGAGGCCCCAAACCUCUGCUCUGAAGAGCCAUCCCUCAGAGAUGACCCUAAGCAGAAAGAUGUCUUCUUUCGUCUUUGCCUUUUUCAUUUUGGCUCAAUUUCUAUCAGGGUGCCAGGCAGGACUGGAGUAUUCUGAGCCACUUCCAGGAGGUGAGUUUGCUCCUUGUGAGCGGUGCUGGCUGGGCCGGGGAAAAUGCAGGAGGAUGUGUACCGAGGACGAGAAGGUUAUUGGACAAUGCAGGUUGAACUUCUUCUGUUGCCGACCGAAGAUCACCUGAAGCAGGUCAGCACUCUUCUGGCCUUCCAAGGGGGACUUGGUAUUCAAGGGAAGAGAAGGGAAGUUGCGAGCCUUACCCACAUCACACUGUGAGUGAGCCUCAGAAUCAUUCUCAUGUCUCUCUCCCUUUGUUUUGUUUCUUUGCUUGUAUUUUAAGAUAAUCCUUAAAAAAUCAAGAUCUGAGUGUGUGGCUAGUAGCCUACUCAGAUACGACAACUAGGUAAUGGUAGACUCCCUUAUAGCUUUCAAAUCUUUCCCCUACACUUC